GUUGUGAAUUUUCUCUGCAUUUCGUCUCAUUGUGUGACGAGGUAAAGGGAUGUAUACUCCAAUGGUUGCAGAGAAAGUUGACAGAACGUUUUUUUCUCCACUUCUCAUAGUACUACAGUUAAGUUUUCCCACCCUCAUGAAAUUGAUUGGCAGAGUUAGGGCUGACCAACAGAAGUACUUCAUUAUGCAGUGCACAAUUAACUUGUGAAACUCACUGUCACGAUACAAGGUGGUGGGCUGUAGAAGGAGAUAGCACUCAAAGACUCUUGAUUUUUAAAUGGAACUCUUGGGUUCAAAGGCAAUCCGUUUCUGAAAAUCAGUGCAGCAUCUGUGCUGUAAUUGCUGAAAGAAUAUUAAGUUGUGAUUUCAGGACUCUGGCUCAAGACCCACCAUUGAUACAAACUCACUAGCACUUUGGCCACUUUGCUAUCUCUCCUCUCCCAAUCUACAAUAUGAGGAAAAUAAUACUGACCUUCCUUACAAGACUGUUGUAAGGUUUGCCAGGAAGAUAAUGCAUAUGAAGCACUUAAAACAGCGAAAACACUCUAUAAAUGCCAAGUAUUUUCUUGUUGCUGGAUGACAAUCGAAGGUUUUCCCUUUGUGGCUUUGCUUGAGGGUAUUUCCUCAACCGCAGGAAACCAGACGCUGACCUAGGUCUGCUGUGAUCUAGCAAGGCUCUCCUGAUGUUGUUACCCUAAUAUUUUUCCAGCUGGUCAGCUGUUUCAAAGGCACAGGACUCAAAAAGCAGGGUGCCAAUUUGGAAAUAAAGCGCUGAAUAUUCUGUAGUUGAAUAUUCUGUAGUCUUGAGCUAAUUAGUUUUCUGGCGCAAAAGUGGAAGUGUGUUGAGCAGACCCAGUAAUUCAGCCCAAGAUCGAGCACUCCUGCGCGCGCCCUCGUGUGCGCCUGAUCUCUUGCUGCAGCUAGUUCUGAGUCCUUAUCAGUACAUGCUUUUGAUGCCUUCAUUCCUUCAGGGCAAGAUCACCAGGAUGCCAGGCUAAGCCUUUCUUUCCUGAUCACCAAGCCUUGCCUGUUGAGCAAGAGCUCAACAAAGCCCAGGAGCUAAGUCAGGACGGUGACCCCAUUCACACUGUGGCCUGUGUCAGCCAGGCCAAGUGUUGCCACAAGGGCAGGGCAAGGGAAGAGAAGUGACUGGCUGGUUUGGGCUGGCCAUUACUCUGCUAUGAGUCGCUAAGGAAGCAGGAGCUGAAAUAAGAGUAUGAGAACAGCCCAGGCAGAUCUGACCGAAGGUUCCAUGCAGUCCAGCAUCCUGUUUGCACCUGUGGCCAACCAGAUGAUCCUCGUCACUGUAACAAUGUGCACCCCGCCCAUCUCCUGGAAAUAGCACUCAGGGUGGCUUGCAAAGUUGUUAUAAACAAAAACAAAGCAAAAGUGCACACAUUAAAGCCUAAUAUACAAGGUAGCAAUAAAACAGCAGAAACAGGAAAAGCAAUAGAUCUAAGCUAAUAAAAGACUAGAAUCUGUUGAAGAAUCAAAGGUCUUUGGGAAGCUCACCAGUGGGUAUGAAGGCAUUAACUAACCUUUCCUUUGUGGUUUGCUCUCAGGGUAUUCAAGGCCAGCUAUCUUUAUACAAAGCUUCAUGUGCAUUCAAGGUUCUUGGGUAUUGGGUAACCCCCAGCAUCCCUGCCUAAAAGGGUCUCAGGUAGCUGGUGUUGAAAAAUGCUUUCCUCUGCCUGACAUCCUGGAAGGCUACUGCCUAUUAGAGCAGAAAAAUACAGAGCCAGAGGAACUGUAGCUCUGUCUAACUUGGUACAAAGUGGCACCUUUGGUUCCAUGUGAUAGAAAUGGGUUCUUGGAUGCAAAGGUUUCUUCCUCCCUUUCAAAAUGAUUUUGUUUAAAGUUUGGAUUCUGAUGAUGACCCAGAAAGGCUUCGCUCAUUUCCCUGCAAGUGUUGCUUAAUUCUAAAAACACGUAGGACCCUGGACUCUGUGGUUGAAACAAAGCCCUGGAAGGAGGAAGGGAAGAGAGCGGUGCCUGGUGCAAAAAUCUCCGGCCAAAGAUUCGCUUAAUGGCUGAUAAGAUGAAAGGAGGCAAACCUGCGGCCCAGGAAGGUUUUACCUGUCAAACCAGCCCCGCCCUCUGGGCCGUGACCAGCCUUGGAUUGGCAGCUGUUUUGGUCUGGGCCGAGUUCCUGCUUUGAUUCGUGCAGAGUCUUGCAAGUUGAUAAACCAGCCUGGCCACAGUCAGAGCAGUUCACUUGUUGAGCCUGGGAAGAUAGAAAAGGCAUAACUUGGAGAGCCGGCAGCUCAGAGGAAGCGAAGCCUGGAACCUGCACCGCAGGGCCCCGCCAGUGGCAGUGAAAGAGGACUUUUCUUGGACGAGGGAAGAACAAACAUACCAGGCCUGCUGUGUCUUCUGCCAUUUCCUGGGAACCGGAUCCUGGCCCGGCAGCAGGCAGCAGGAUUUCAGAAGCAGGCAACAUGGAAACCGGUUGGGUGCCAUAUGUUUACCAGGUAUUGAGCGGCAGGAGGUUGUGGCUGAAAAACAGCAGGACUGCAGGGCAGCAUGGAUGCCAGCUGUUUUCUUGAUACAGAACCUGGGAGCACAAUGGCUGGGGCCCUCCUGGAGCCAGGAAGAGCCCUAAUGUCAGAGCCAGCUCUUUCAUGUGACCUGGAGAAGGAAGAGGUGUGCUUGAAUGUGUGCCCUCCUGGGAUCCUUAGCCAGACUGUAGCCCCAGAUGUGGAACAGAGCUGUAACACUUCUCUGUAUGCAGAGGCUGCUGAGGACAGACUUGCUGCUGGGGGCCCAACGGUGGAGUUCAGAGCAUCAGUGCAGACCCAGUGCAAAGGAAGUGUCUGUUCAGAAGAUCAGGCCACAUACCUGGGGAGCUCACAGGAGGACCUGAGCCGUAGCCAGAUGGCAUUGGCUGAGCAGGGAGAUCCAGAACAACCUCCUGUUCAUCCAAAAGAGUCUUCCUCUGCCUGCUGUCCUGAAGAACACUGGAUCCCUUCCACAGCCCCACAGGGAGAGAAGGAAGUGAUGCUUGCUCCCCUUGCAGUGGAGGAAGAGAACUAUAGCAUCAAAGUUGAGCAACAGCUUUCUUUGGAGGAAAAUGGCACUGAGUCAGAACACUUGUUGGACACCAGGGGCUGUAUCCUCAGAGGGGAGCCGGGGUUUGUAACACAGUCCUGCUGCAUCCAGGCAGAGGACGACCACGUCGACGAGCAGGAGUGCCCCAUUUGUACGGAACUGUACGACCAAGACAAGCGCAGGCCAGCCUUGCUGAACUGCAGCCACGUGCUCUGUGGCCAGUGCCUGCGCUCCAUCAUGGAAGCAUCCAGUGCUGCAGACAUAGGACGGGUGCGCUGCCCCAUCUGUCGCCAGAAGACGCCCAUGAUGGAGUGGGAGAUCUGCAGACUGCAAGAGGAGAUGCUGUUGAUGAGCUCUGAGCAGAGCCCAGCCGUGGCACCUCCAACUUUCAUUGCCUUUCCAGCCCGGCGUCCGGGGGUCUGGGGAAGCCUGGAGCAUCACUUCCAGGUCCGCUUCCGCACCACCCGCAUGGUCGGCUUCCUGCCCUGUCUCCGCUACCCGACUUCCCUUAUCAACAGGCUAGGCCACCUGGAGCGCCACUGCCGUUGGGGUUACCGCUUAGCAUUGGUGGGACUGCUAAUCUCUGAGAUGCUGAGCCUCUUGCUUGUCUUCCUGCCCAUCGUUUUGCUGCUAUUGCUGUUCCUCAUACUGGACAAAUAAAGUUUGAACUGGACUCUUAGCUGAGAGGGAGACUACAGGAACACAGGUUGGCUGAUCCAUGCAGAUCUUCCAGCCCCGGCGGCUCUACUGUCAUGAACAAAACUGCAGUUCAUUCACUGAUAUUUAUUCCCAUCUUCUUGCUGAACUGAGCCAUGGACCAUUGUACCUAUCAAGAUGGUGUUAGGGAAAGCCCACCUUUUUCUGGCUUCUCUGAAGCGGAGGCUGAGUUGGUGGCCCCGUGGCAGGUUAACGUUUGCUGAAGUGAGAGCGCCCCAAAGUUAGCUCCAAAGUCCAAUUAGCUUCUCCCUUUCUUUGGCCAUUCAACAGGUCAAAAGCUUUUGUCUUAAGGACACACUCGCUGCAGGUCAGCUGUUGAUGCUCAGAACCAUUCUUGCUGCCUGGUGGGAGGAGCAAUUGCAGGAGGGUGACAGUCAGUAGUGCUGCGAAGGAAGUGGAAGGUAGGUUUAGCAGGGCAGAAGUGUCACAGCUAAGACCCAGAGUGUCUGAGUGUUACUAGUUGGCCUGUGUGGAACACUGAGCCAUGGAAAGAGAAUGGAGUUGUGUGUGGUGGUGGGGGGGAUGUCAUACAGGCCCUAGAACAGUGGCUCUCAACCUGUGGGUUGGGACCCCUUUGGGGGUCGAACGACCCUUUCACAGGGGUCGCCUGAGAC